CGCUGACAGCUGAUUCUGGCGGUCCAAUAGGCAGUUGCCGAACCGAAACAACAACCAGGGUCUAAACAAAACGCCGGCCUGGCCGUAACACUUAUCACUUAAAGGGCGCUCCAAAUCUCCAGCCAACCCGCCUGCCCACUUGGCCAGAACAGGACAGGAUCAGGAUGUCGACGCGUCGCCAGGCGAUCACGUUGUACAGGAACCUCCUGCGCGAGUCGGAGAAGCUGCCCUCCUACAACUUCAGGAUGUACGCCGCCCGCAAAAUACGCGACACAUUCCGUGCCAACAGGGGCAUCCGGGACUUCGGGGAGAUCGAUCGGCAAAUGGUCGCCGGCCAGCAGAACCUGGAGCUGAUACGUCGCCAGGUGAUCAUCGGCCACUUGUACAGCGCCGACAAGCUGGUCAUAGAGAACAAGAAGACCCUGAAGCCCUCGGACGACUGAGGAUGAGAGCGAAAAGCCGGUAGCUGAAGAGAGUACAAUAGUAGGGAAGGAGGAGGAGCAGCUGGACCAGGAGGCGUCUCUACAUGAAGACACAACUCGAAAGACUCGACCCACACACAACACACGCCACACACAUUGUUGAUUUUAUAUACGGCACUUUGCAUCCAUCGAACCAAGGAACCGAAAUCAUUUGCUAGCAAAAAAACACCAAUUUAAUGUUAUGUUUAACAACAAUUAUGAAAUUAUAUAUACAUACAUAUA